AUGGUAAGGAAACCAAGCAUGGGUCGUCAGAAGAUUGAGAUCAAGAGGAUCAAUUGUGAGGCUUCUCGACAAGUCACUUUUUCUAAACGCCGAGCAGGACUAUUUAAGAAGGCCAGUGAGCUCUGUACUCUCUGUGGUGCUGAGAUAGCCGUUCUUGUCUUCUCCCCUGCAGGUAAGGUCUUCUCCUUCGGCCAUCCUGGUGUGGAAUCAAUCGUUGAAAGGUUCCUCACUGAAAACAUUAAUCUGCCACCGGAAGCCGCUGCGUUGCCUCUUGUGGACGCUCACCGUGGAACUAGUGUUCGUGUGCUCAACCAACAGUAUACAGAGGUGCUCAACCUGCUGGAAACAGAGAAGAAGCGAGCUGAGACACUCUACCAAUCGACCCCAGAAGCAAAACAGGGCGAGCCAUGGUGGGAAGCACCCAUUGAAAAUAUGGGAUUGCCUGAGCUUCAGCAGUUGAAGAUUUUUAUGGAGGAACUCAAGAAGAAUAUGAAGAAACGUAUUGAUGAGCUUGUGGCCACUGUUACCUUCCCUUUCUUAUCUAUCAAUUCAAUGGGAGAGGUGGAAAGUUUUGCAGCAGCUAGAGCUACCCCAAAUCCAAAUAAUUCUUCUUCAAUCAUCCCUUAUGGAGAUGGUUAUGGUUUUAGUUUUGGACGUGGUCUUUUCUAAACU